UUUUGAGAGGACCUAACCCUGGACAUUUAGAAACUCAGUUCAAAUUUAUGAAGCCUAAUUGCACCCUGGGGUGUAAAUUUUGCACACAAGGCCCUCUAAUUGUCAGGUCGACUCAGUCCAUUUGCAGUCUGUAAUCUAAGACGGGCAGAUGUGAGGUCCAUUUGGAGCUGUGUGAACGUAUUCCAACCUGUGCAUCAGAUGACUCAUCUCAAAAAACCACCGGAGUCCAAAAAUCAGCUGGAUCCGAAACUCACGUAGGCCAUAUAACAGAGAACAAGGUGAGAGGGAACGCCCACCGUUGAUUUGAGUGGACGGCCAACGUGUUAGUUACAUGGAAUCCAGGCCGUUCAUUUCCUUCAUCUAAGUCCGGGUGGCGGGUUAGGCCAAAAAUCAGGUGGUUUGUUCUUAGGCGGAUCCUCUGAAAAUCAAGGAUGACCGUCCCAUUUCAACUUGUUCCCUACGCAAUCGCCCACCUGAGUUUUAUUUUAUUUUAUUUAUUUUUAUUUUAUCCAGCAGGUUUCUUAGUGCUUAAGGUUUCCUGGGGUGAGGCAUCUGAUGGAUGGGGUGGAUGAUACAUACAUAUCAUGUGGGGCCCACUUCUGCUCGGUACGACGAUAGCGCAAUUUCAAGUGACCUGAAACAAAAUCAAGAAAACCCCAUCUAUUUCCUAAUUUUUCAAAUUGCGGAGAAACAAGAUCAAAAGAAAAUUGCAGGGAUGGGUUUGUGGACAUUGCUUGAAGGCUUCCUCCUCCUCGCAAAUGCCUUGGCGAUACUGAAUGAGGAUCGGUUCCUUGCUCCGAGAGGGUGGAGCUUUUCUGAAGUGCCUGGAGUCAGGACAAAGUCACUGAAGGGGCAGGUCAUUGGACUCAUCUAUGCAACCCAGUACUUGAGACUUCCCUUAAUGGCUCUCAACGCAAUCACCAUUAUUGUCAUGCUGGUGUCUGGGUGAAGGUCAAUUGGGUUACAUAUGUGGGUUCCCACCAGUUUAGAGGUCAUGGAAAAGUGCAUGUUUGAAUUCUUACAUGCCAUUUGGGAGGUUCACGGGUUGUAUUGUACAUUAACAUAUUUCAUUUUCUUCAAUUACUCUUUAUCUCUUUA